CCCCUCAUCACACACACACAUAACGCAUACCAAACUCUCUCCCCGUCCAAACAUGUUUUACCCUGGAGCCAUGAAGGAGCAGCCAACCAGGAAAGAAGGGCGCAAAAUCAAAGCGAAUUAAGCUUGAUAAUCAGCACUUUGAGAGCGGCCGCGGCAUGUACGCCCAAUACUGUACACUACAGUCGUAAAGCAAAAACUUCUGGUAUUUUAUAUAGGCGACAAUAAUAGCCGUUCUACUAUAUCUCACGAUGGCUUGAUUAUUUUGAAGCCUAUCGUCGGUGGUUUUCGGUCAAGGCACGGCCAGGGCUCAAGCCUUCGAGAUGCACGGUGGCUGCUGCUGCCGCCAACCACUGCACCACAACACGGACACCGCCACGGGCCCAGUUCUAUCAUGGUGUUCAAACGGAGAGCGAGAAGGAUGCGUCUUGGGCUGCGGUGCUAUCGGGUGGGGCCCACGUGGCUCUGGAAGGCCCUGCUGGUGUUCGUGGCCAUUGCCUUCGCAGGACAGCUCCUGGGAGUCAUUUACAACAAAAGCCUCCAGCAGGAUAGGUUGCGGUGGUUGUUCUCGUCCGAUGGCCAGGGCCCGUCUCUGGGCUCCUGUCGGCCCCGCAGCCACGUCAUGUUCUUGAAAACCCACAAGACAGCCAGCAGCACCGUCCUCAACAUUCUCUACCGAUACGGAGAGGAGAAGGACCUGCGCUUCGCCCUGCCUCUGGGGUAUCAGUUCGACUACCCCCUCCCUUUCAACGCCCACAGGGUCAAAGGUUACAGAGGGCCCCGUGUGGCAGAAUUCAGCAUCAUGGGAAACCACAUGCGCUUCAACAAACCAGAGGUAGGGAAGGUGAUGCCAGCCGACACCUUCUAUUUCUCCAUCCUUCGUGACCCUGUAGCGCUCACCGAGUCGUCCUACGCCUACUACAAAUCCGUUGCCCCUGCCUUCAGGAAAGCCAAAGGCCUGGGAGACUUCGCAGACAACCCCUGGAAGUACUACGACCCCCGUCUCCAUAACAACCACUACGCUCGCAACCUGCUGUGGUUCGACUUCGGCCUGGACCACAACGCCAACUUCUCCACCGCACUGGCGCAACGAGGUGAAGUGGCCAUCCGACGUGCCUUCAAACUCAUCCUGGUCUCGGAGCACUUCGACGAAUCCAUGGUACUGCUCCGCCACGCCCUCUGUUGGCCUCUGGACGCUGUCGUCUCCUUUAGCCUGAACGCCCGGCAGCAAAAGUCCAGUGGAAGCAGCUCCUGGGUGGAUAAAGCGGCCGCUGCUCAGCCCCCCGCCAAGGCUCUCACAGACAACCAACGCCAGAAGCUCCGGGAGUGGAACGCCCUGGACUGGCACCUCUAUCAGGCGUUCAACCGCUACUUCUGGGACGAAGUGGAUCGCUUUGGGAGAGCCAGAAUGGACCAAGAGGUCGUUCUACUCCGGACCCGCCGGGAGUUGCUGGCUAAGGCUUGCCUGAGGGAAGGCGGGAAGCCGGUAGAGGCAAGCCGCAUCCGAGACAGGAACAUCAGGCCCUUCCAGAGCGGCUUGGUGAAGAUCCUAGGAUAUGAGCUCCAGCCUGGGCUGGACAACGCUACCCGUCAGGCCUGUCUGAGGAUGAUCAGGCCGGAGAUCCAGUAUAAAGAUCUGCUGGAUGCCAGGCAGUUCCCCAGGGCAGCUCCCCAGCCUGCCCAAGCUCCGCCCCCAGCUAUCCCUGCUGGGGGAGCCUACGUGAGGAAAGGCCCCUCCUUCCAACUCAGGACAGGAGAGCUGGGAGUGGAGGGAGGAAGGAGGAUGGGGGAGGAGGAGAGGGACUGGGACGGGAGUCGGUUAUCUCGUAGUAAUAAUAAUAACCAAACAUUGGCGCGAGAUAGAGGUGGAAGAAGGGGGAAAAGGAACAUAAGAUAGUUUUCCAUCCAGAAUUAAUUCCAGGUGGGGAGUGGAUAAGACUAAACCCCGCAUGAGCCUGUGUACUCGUACUCAAGCACUUGUUGAGUAUUUCUAUUACUCAAGUACUACUGAAGUACUCCGAAAGACCCAUUCUCCCUCCAACCCUGCUGUACCUCCACUUUAUUGUACAUUCCCGUUUUUCUGGCACAUCUUAUGACUCCUUUUAUGAACGGUCAUGACUGGUUAUGACUCCCUUAUGUUCAUAUUGACUAUGUAAGGGUGCGAAUUAUGGGGAAGCUAAGCUUCCCUGAAUGACACAUGAGCUCCUCUAAAGGUAAUCAAAUUCCCAAAAUGUUUUUUUGGGGGGAGGGGUAUUGAUAAUUUGACCUAGACACGCACCGACAGCAAGACGCAUCAAUCUUACCACUCAGUAUGUGUUGCCCAUAUAUCUGAUGCUGUCGGGACCAAACAAGUAUGACAGAGGGGUGGCGUUUCGCACGCUCUGAUCCUUUCUCUGGUGAGAUACAAGUAACUGCCAAAAUAACGGAAACACCAACAUCAAGUGUCUUAAUAGGGCGUUGAGCCAGAACAGCUUCAAUGCGCAUGCCGCCGUGGCAUAGAUUCUGGAACUCUAAGUGUCUGGAACUCUAUUGGAGCGAUGUGACACCAUUCUUUCAUGACAAAUUCCAUAAUUUGGUGUUUUGUUGA